AUGGUGUCUCCCUUCCCCACACAGUCUCCAUCUCGCGUCCAGCUACCCUCAGCCUACGCCAUUUUUCCCGAUGAAGCUCGGAAGGCUUGGAUGGAGGGUCUGAUCGACAAGAUUCAGCGCGGCCUACAUCCUUCUCCUUCUCCACCUCCUCGCUCACCUUCUCCCUUACGAGUCACCGAAGAGCUUCGACCCUCACCUAUACCGGAUGACAGGGUAGAUCACAUGCAGAGAUCGGACACUCCAUCUAGCGUGGAUAAGUCUGUUGACAAGAACCUCGGUGAUUUUCCGGGUCAGGAUGCUGGCGUCUCGGAAAGGGGUGAUGCUAACCAGGGGGGUUCGCAGCCCAGCGGCUACGAUCAGGAAGACGAGGACCCUUUGAUCAGAGAUGCCGAUAUCCUCAUGGAAGCGGGUGGGGAAGAAGAGGGAUUUGAAGAGGAGGAUGAAGAUACGAACGAUGGCUCCGAGGAGAAUUCUGAUGGGUCGGAUGAUAUCAGCAGCGUGCAGUAUAUUGAGAGUAGCGAUGAUGAAGACCAGGAGGCUACGAGAGAAGAGGAGUCUAUAGAUGAAGACGAAUUUGUGUGGGAAGAGUACACGUCGGACGUACAUGGACCGAGAACCAGUGCUUAUGAAGACGAGGAGGAGGAGGAAGGGGGGGACGAGGAGGAGGAGGAGGAGGAGGAGGAAGAGGGAGAGGAGGAGGAGGAGGAAGAGGCGGAGGAGAAAGCAAGAGAAUUCAACGAAGAAGAGAACCUACAGGGGGCGCUGGAGGUCAAAAAUGAGGAUAGACCCUACGGUCUUGCUCGGAUAAGUGCGGGAACUAUCCAAGAACUGGCGUCACAGGAGACAGAUACAGGAUCAGUGGACGAACGGUACGUUACUGUCCCACUGAAACUCAAGCUGAAUCACGAUAGUCAAGCUUUUCAGCCUCCGUCAUCAAUGGCGAUGAUGGACACGGCAAAUACCUCCACGACAUAUACCUCCUUGUAUCCGUCGCUUCCUGUUCCCGAAGGGUUGCAAACCACAUCUCCUUACGCGUCACCAAUCUAUCCAUCAAUCCCUGCCCUUCCCGCCGAUCUCUCUGCCUCUCCGCAUGAGGCUGCUUCGACUGCUGAUAUAUUCUUCGACAACAGUAUGAUCGAUCCGACUCUCCUGACGGAACUGGCUCAAGAAGCUGCUGCCCUGCAGCCCAUGUUUCACGGUAUAGGGGACGGGGGAGCAAGGGCAGACGAAAGAGGACCUCAAGUGCUUGACGGACGUAUCACUUCUCCGGCGGAAUGGACUGGUCAAUCAUCUCGGAGUUUGAACCCUGCUGACAGGUUGCACGACAAAGAGAUACUGUUCGUUGAGGAUGACUCCGACGUAGAAGGAGAUAUGGACGAUGCCGUCGGAAAUGAGGAUCAUGAGGAGGUGGGUUCAAUAAGUGACGAUGAAGAAACGGACGACGAUGAAGCAGGCGCACGAGAGGAGGACGAAUUGCAAGACAGCCAAUCGGGAGAAGAGAAUGAGGAGGAAGAGGAAGAGGACGAAGACGGUGACGAAGACGAAUGCAUUAAAGAGAUCCACGGGGAUGAAUCGCCCAGGUCGCCAAUCUUGGUCAGUGAUUCCUCGGAUGACGAUGAGAGCGAGAAGAGAUCCGGCACAGAGGACGAUGAAAGCCCGACAUUGCUAAAUGUGUUGUCAAGGACCUCAUCCCACGAACUUGAGGUGGUAGAUAAUACGAGAGAGAGAGAACACAGAAAUCACGAAGAGAAUAGUGAAGAUACCUCAUCGCCCCGCGAGCAGCCCGUAUCUGCACCACUGCUGAGAAUGUCCGUCGAGGAGCAUUACUCAGUCAAGACGACAGACCCCAUCGAUACUUUGGGCAUCCCGAAAGUGGAACAGGAUAUGCUCGUCGACUUUCUACCAAAGAUACUCCCCAGCCCCUCGCCUAUAAUGAUCAAUGACUCGACUGUAGAGGGUGUGCCAGAUAUUUCAUGGGCUCCGCCAGCACCUCUUGUUUUACAUACAUCUGAAGAAGAUGCUCCAGAACUUGAGGAACCACUCGAAGAACCUCUCGAAACGUCUCAUUCGGCUGAGGCAGCACUACUUAGUCAAGUCAGCGUAACUCCUCAGAACCCAAUGAAAGCCCCCAUGGAGUCUGCAACGGCGCCCACAAUCGAUGUCGGCAUGAAACAUUUGUCCGAGGGAUCAUCGUCUCCAGCAUUUGCGACCGACUUGGAGGCUGAUUUUGACCGAGCCACAGAUACACUCUCUCUCCACACACAUGCGGUCAAAGUGCCAAUAUCUUUUCAGGAAGAGCAAACUAGGGUUGUUAUCAAGGAUCGAGUUGAAGUGGACGACAAACAGGAUAUUGUCUUCGAACGCAAAGACUCUCCUCCUCUUCCUCCUUCACCAACGCGGACCUUGGUGGAUUUUCAGGCUCCCACACCCGCAGAAGCCAUCGGGACCUCGCCGAUCGGACCACCUUGCCCUCCACCGCCACUCCAUCCUCUUAUCAUAGACGCCACUCCUGAGUACCCAGCGCACAUUGUCCAGUCUCCAGGUGUAUCGACGGGAUUUCUAAACCUCCAGAAAACGCCCACAGACACCCGAGCGCCCACUGCCCUGUCCCCCAAUCUACCGUCGGGAUGGGAGCUUUCUAUGCCCAUCGGCGAAACCGAUCGAUCCUCGCAUGAACCUGCGUUAUCAUAUCAGAGCUUGGACGAUCGGGCGGCGGAAGUGGACGAACCUCUUGAAGAUGAGGAAGUGACCGAGCCGGGUGGUAUGCCCAUCCCAAUUUGGCCGGAUCAACUGGACAAAGUCAUGCGACGCUCAGGCCCAUCCCAGGAACCGGAACUUGAUACGAAGCAAGUAGGAGAGCACUCUGAUGUAGCUCUUGAAGACGAUACCCUGCCGGAAGGUCUUGCCGUCAUACUAGAAGAUGAAGCAAUGCCACUAGAUGUGCGAGCUUCUGAAGAAGGCGAUGUCAUAGUCUCGGAGACUGGUACUAUUGAGGAUCCAAUCGUUGGAGAGACGGCUACGUCUUCAGCGUUUGAGGGCGUGAGAGAGAUAAUAGAUGUCGACGACUCAGAUGAACCAUCGUCACCGCGCACAGCCUCUCCUUUACUCCGCCACCAUCAUGGCUCAGUUCCGCCUCCUUCUCUUCCUCCUUCUCCCACGGUCUCAAGUGUUCCCCUCCGCCUCACCCAAAGGCGAGGCCGCCCAUCAGUCUCGCCGUCAGGACACCUCCCCGUCACACGGUCUCAUUGCUUUUAUCGCAAGCUUCGCCUGUCAGCACAAGAGCUCACUGCUGUCGUACUCGCCCCUCAAUGUGUUCUCGCCGAUACAGAUCGCCUUCAAGAGGAAGGUUGUCAUGCCAUGGGUGUGCCUACCUCUUCCCAGCAGCGGCGAGGUAUGGAAGCUCCUAUCACGGAAUCGACCCCCCGGCUACAUCCUCUCCUAGCCACACAGCUACAUCGUCUAGUGGGGACUAAAGUGUUUGCUGGGGGAGAUUGCUUUUUGCUUGAAGCUGGACCGAACGCCCUGGCCGAAGACUCUCACGAGACACAUCGAACGAUUUCGAUGUCCAACACCCCUCGUAGACCAAGGACAAGCGUCACGACAGUCACAAGUGCUCACGAUGACGGGGAUGAACAGGCUCCUCCCAAUGAUUCCGUACCAAGUGGGCCCAUAGACGCUGCUACCCCGCCGAUGACACGCCGUCGUGCUCGCCUGUCCGCUUUUGGCACUUCCCGUUCCUCAGUAUCGACCGACAGAGAACAGCGAUCCGCAUCUGUCGUGAACGCCGUUGGUCAAAACCCACCUGCCACACCAUCCGCUCUACCGUCCGAAUUGAAAGAACCGGGCCAAGGACCAAGCAUGGGGACGAGAUCUCAGAAACGCAAGCUAGCCCGUGCGACGUCGAUCAUCCACUCUGAUGCUGGGACAGAGACGUCUCAAAUCUCAGGGCCGGACGUCUCUCCCACUGCCUUGCUCGGGACACAAGGUAGAACAAAGCGGCGCAGAUUCCGGCGGUCCACAUCUGUCCUCUCUGGAACCGGAAUUCCAGCGGCACUAGUGCCGGCUCCUCAAGGGACCUCGAGCCAAGUUGGUGAGAAGCAGGAUAGGGUUGAGGUUACAAUAACAAGUGUGGGGAAACGAAAGGGUCUGCCGUCAGCUUUGGAAAGAGAGGAGGGAUCUGACUGGAGGGAUUUGGACACUGACGGGGAAGAGGAUGAGGAGGAUGACAAUGUUCAAGAUAUGCCUAUCGUUCGGACAACAAGGAGUAUGGCGAAGAAACAACGGGCAUCACCGUCAGAGGUGAAAUCAGAGGUGGGCGAACAUGGUAAAAAGCCCAGAUCUAAAGGCAAGCAUGGGGUCGAAGGAGACGAAGACGAGAAAAUGGAAAUGGACGUCAAGCAAACUCCUCCUAGUAGAAAAAGCGGAAGAAGCUGGUCGAAUUUGUUUGGACUUCGUUCCAAAAAAUGA